AUGAUCCAGAUUCACGGCAUUACCGGUGCCGAUGACCCCGCGCAUGGUCCUAUCGAAAAAGAUGUCGCAUUGGCGGUGGUCAGCGAGGUGGCCCAAGAAAUCGAUCCUGCCGUGGAAAAAAGAGUAUUGCGAAAGAUUGAUUGGUACUUUAUGCCUGCAAUGCUGAUAGGCUACGGCAUGGUUUAUUAUGACAAGGCAAUCCUGGGGAGUGCGUCGCUUUUUGGCAUGACGACCGACUUGUCGUUGCUCGUGGUCGACCAUUCCACAUCUCCACCAUCAUCCGACACUUCACGACUCAGCUGGGCAACAUCGAUCUUUUACUUCGGCAUGCUCGCAGGUCUCUAUCCAAUGACUUUCAUUCUACAGAGAUUCAACGUCCGUCAUGUCCUUGGGCCGGUGGUUCUUGUGUGGGCUGUAGUCUGUGCUGCAACUGCUGGCGUGACAUCGUGGCAGGGACUGUUUGUGCAGCGAUUCUUUCUUGGGGUCAUCGAAAGUGUCAUCCCGACUGGUUUCAUGACCAUAGUUAGUAGUUACUAUACCCAAGAGGAACAGGCACUCCGCCAGGCAUGGUGGUUCUCCGGCACCGGUUGGUUCACCAUCAUUGGCAGCGCACUCAACUACGGGUUUGCACAAAUCACCUCUGGCAGUCUCGCCAGGUGGCAAUACAUCUACAUCCUUGCUGGUGCAUUGACUUUCCUAUUUGGCCUUUGGUGCUGUACCAUGCCUAAUUCCCCCGUGUCGGCCUGGUUUUUGACACUGGAAGAACGAGUCGUUGCUGUGGAGCGGCUCCGGAAGGGGCAGACUGGUGUUCGAUGCCAGCAGAUCAAAUGGGACCAGAUCAAAGAAUCUCUGCUGGACAUCAAAAUCUAUCUGGUGGCCAUUAUGAUGGCAGCAGCGUACACCAUCAACGGGGCCAUCUCAGGCUUCGGACCUUUAAUUGUGUCCACCUUUGGCUACGAUGCCUUGGACUCCAUCUUGUUUCAGUUCCCUGUGGGCGGCAUCUGUGUGAUUUUCAUUCCACUAUGUGGAUAUAUACCCAGCCUUAUCCCAAACACACGAAUUCUCAUGCUGAUUGCCUGCUGCUUCCCGGUUAUUGCCGGCUGUGUGAUGAUCUGGAAGUCCCACUGGGGAUAUCACCCGGUUACCCCUGUAGUGGGCUAUGCGCUGACUGGCUUCUUUGGUCCGGUGGUCAGCCUCAUCAUUACUUUGGGGGGCAGCAAUGUCGCCGGGGCUACUAAGAAAACCGUCAUGGCAGCUACUGUGUUUGUAGCAUACACUGUGGGAAACAUCAUCGGACCGCAGCUGAUCAACAGCGGCACGAAAGCACAACAUUACCCUGAAUUAUGGACGGGCCUAGUCAUCUGCUAUUGUAUCACGAUUGCCGCUGCCGCGGUCUUGUAUGCGGUGCUUUGGAGGGAAAACCGACUCCGCAGCACAAUCGAACUGGAUGAAAUGCUGAGAGACAAGAUCGCUUUUGACGACCUCACUGAUAAGCAAAACCCAUUCUUCCAGUAUGCCUUAUAG